UUGAAUGCGGAUGUUAAAAGGAAGCCAUAGCCCUUUUAAUGCACUUGAAAAAAGUUAAACCAUAAACAAAACUUACGAACCGUCACGUUUGACACAUGACUGUUAUUGCCAGAUGUAUGAUAAUUUUCACAACUUGCUUGAAAUAUUUUACUUGUUGGGAUAAGUGAAAUGAAACACAUUUAUUAGUAAAAGCUUUCUAUAAUGCAUUUCUAACAGCUAAUUGAAAUAAAAGCUUAUCAUAUACUCUAAAUUUUCGAAAAUUCUUUAACGUUUAAAAAAUAUCGUCAUGUUUUAUAUAUCAGCGUAACGUGAAUUUAUCAGAAUUCUCCCGGUAAGUCUCCGUCAAUAGUGUGGAAACCCCGCAGCUGACUUUUUAUGUUGAAUGCAAGAGAAAUAUUGAAUUCUACGUUUUAUACUUAUAAAUAAACAAUUUAAUUCACAAUUAGUCGUAGUCAAAUGAGUAUAGUCGUCAUCGGUGCAUGCGGCAGCAUGCGUUGCUGCCGCGCGUUCCCGUACAUCCGUCGGCCGAGCUGUCACUUUUAAUCGGGGCUUCUGGUGAAGUUUAUGAAUAAUAACAGGAUAUUACUAUGAUAAUAUGGCCGUGCAGUCGGACUCCGGCGGGAAGGAUGACGUGAAGACGCAGUUCGUGACGCGGGAGGGCACGUACCGCCUGAUGACGCUGUCGGAGUACUCGCGGCCCAACCGGGUCGGGUACACGAGCGGAUCGGGCUCCUCUCACGUGCGCGUGUCGCUGGUGUCGCUGCCGCCGGGCCCGGGCGCCGCUCCGGGCUCGGACGGGCCGCCGUCGGACGACAGGAUAUGCUUCAAUCACGGCAAGGAGCUCUAUGUAUAUGUGUACAGAGGAGUUAAGAAGGCAGCUGAUCUGACAAAACCAGUGGACAAGAAGAUGUACAAAGGCACAAACCCCACUUGCCACGACUUCAACACAGUUACGAUGGCUCCGGACAGUGUGGCGCUGGUCAUUGGCUUCAGCACUGGACAGAUACAGCUCAUAGAUCCUAUCAAGAAAGAAUUAAGUAAAUUGUAUAACGAAGAGAGACUGAUCGAUAAAACCCGGGUGACGUGUAUCAAAUGGGUCCCCGGCUCUAGCAACCUGUUCAUAACGGCCCACGCCUCCGGGCAACUGUAUGUUUACAACGAGGAGUUAACUUGUGGAACUACGGCGCCGCAUUAUCAGCUAUUUAAGCAGGGGGAUGGGUACUCAAUACACACAUGUAGAACUAAAUCAACGAGGAAUCCGCUGUACAGGUGGGUGAUCGGCGCCGAAGGCAGCUGCAUAAACGAGUUCGCGUUCUCGCCGUGCGGAACGAACUUAGCCGUCGUCUCCCAAGACGGCUUCCUCAGAGUAUUCCACUACGAUACUAUGGAGCUAAUCGGGAGGGCGAGGUCGUACUUCGGAGGUUUUUUAUGCGUAUGCUGGUCGCCCGACGGCAAGUACGUCGUGGUCGGGGGGGAGGACGACCUGGUCACGGUCUGGUCGUUCAGCGAGCGGCGGGUGGUCGCGCGCGGGCAGGGCCACCGCUCGUGGGUGUCCGUCGUCGCGUUCGACCCGUACGUCGUCAGCUUCACCGACCCGGAGAGCGAGGAGCCCGAGGAGGAGAGACAGAAGAGUGACGUGCAGUGCUAUAGGUUAGGAAGUGUAUCGCAGGACACGCAGCUGUGCCUGUGGGACCUGACGGAGGACGUGCUGCGGCCGCCCGUGCGCGCGCGCGCCUCCGCGCACCUGUCGCCCGGCGCGCCCGCGCCCGCGCUGUCGCCCAACGGCGUGCCCGGCAAGCCGCCCGCCAAGUGCGCCAAGACCAACAAGAUCGGCCACAAGCACGCCGAGCUGAGCAACGCCGCCGGCGAGCCGUCCGGCGCCAAAUCCAAAACGACGAAGGUCAACAACGUGUCCACUCUGAACAUAAGCGUCGGCAAAGCCAAGGAGGAGACGGCGAUAGGGGUGAAUUCUUUGACGCAGCGGUUGGCCGGGUUCUCCUUCGGCGAGCGACGCUCGGAGCACCGGCGGAACUUCAGUCUGACGUCGAAACCCGAGCAGAAGUCCGCGUCGAACACGGUGGCGAUGCGCGGGAAAUCCGCCGGCGCGCCCGACUCGUGCGACCCCGUGAAGCUCAUAGGCACGCCGUCGUGCCCGCGGUUCGACGAGUGCCCCGUGCUGGAGCCGCUCGUGUGCAAGAAGAUCGCGCACGAGCGGCUGACGGCGCUGCAGUUCCGCGCGGAGUACCUGGUGACGGCGUGCGCGGACGGCUGCGUCAACACGUGGGCGCGCCCGGCGCGCGCCAGCAACGGCGAGGCGCGCGCGCACCGCAGGUUCGAGCGCAUCGACCUCGUCGACUAGUCCUUUAAGAAUAGGCGUCUAGGAUCCGCCAAGGCCCAGCUUCAUUGAUGCAUGGCCACUCUGACCCUUGAGGUUCUUUUCCGCCGACGAGGCGAGGGGAGCUGGAUACAUGCAGUCUAUUCUUAAACAGUCUUUAUAACUGCUGAUAGUAUGACAUUAAAAAAUUAGCCUCGCUUCGCCUGUAGAAAAGCUCCGUUGGAGCCGUUCACGUCCAGAUUUCGGGAGCCGUUUUAGCAAAUGGAGUGAACCGGUCAUUUGACUCGUGAUGUUGCGCACUUCGUUAAAAUGAUUCAAUGACAAAAGUUAUGUAGUAAACUAACGUUCAAUAGCUUUUAAAACUGUUUACACAAAGGAAACAAUUUAUAUAAUAUGACUCUUCCAUGGUAUAAUAAUAUACUCCGCCUGGUACUCUAUUCCCGUCUUUUCUAGGUCACCUAACUGACACAAGCCUACGUCAUCAUGCGACAGCGCUAUAUGAUAAUAUGCGAUAGCGCUAUAUAUAGCGGCCAUGUUAUUGUGACGUAGGCCUGUGUCACUCUGGGAAUAGAAGACCAUGUUUUAUUAGACCAUGGACUCUUCUAUCUCAAAUGUCAACUGUAAUAUUAGUCCCUAGCGGAAUUGUAAUUUUAAAUGAUUUCCUCUUAGUUAGUUAAAGUAUAAUAAUUAAUUACCCUUCAGCUUUUCUGUAGACAUUUGUCUAGGUUCCUUGAGAGGAACGUUGUUGCAUUUAGAAUGAAAUAGAAUUAAAUAAUAAUUUGAUAAUAUUUCAUACAUUUGACUUGAACUGUUGAGCAACGAAUUACUUUAAUUUCAUAAUUCCUUUGUGUAACAUUUUGAAAUUUUGAAAACUUUACAGAAUCAUUUUCUGAAGGCUGACAGUACUCGGAGAGAUCAUACUCAAUACUCAACAACUCUUACUAUAGGGCCAACCGCGAAAAACUAUAGUUGUUUGUAACGAUGUUUUCUACAGAAAAGCAACGACCUGGAAAAGUCAAUAUUGGUCGCGAUUUGGGGGUUGAUCCGAUAUAAUAAAAGUUUUUCAGUGUGACCUAUUUAGUCACCUCUCAUAGUACUGUUAAUCUUUAAAAAUACCUUUGUACAAAGUUGUAAAAUACAAAUAUACAAUAGAAGCAUUUCUCGGAUGAACCUUUGGCGGGCCUUGGGCGGCGUAAUACGCAGACUGUUCUCUGAUUAUUCCAUUUUAGAGUGUUUGUUGGUAAAGUGUGCACUGGAGCUUUGUGAUGUUAGGUAUAAAUUGUAACUUAUAAAUAAUUUUAACUAUGAACAGGUUUCCAUCCGUAACCAAUUAGGGAGAAGAACAUUUGGACCCUUGCGUACGUGAUGAAUGGACAUAACAAAACCUUAUGUUAUGCUUAUCAUUAUGGUUUACCACAUAAUAGUUAAAAUAAAUGUGCAUGUCUU